UCCAGUUUCAGCCCUUCUCCGCACACGGGCUGCUUUCUGUGCGCUCGUGAGACGACAUCACUUAACUCAAGUGGCGGAUCGACAGUCAACACGCACCAGCAGAGUCAAGGACCUCAAGUUUUUUUAUUUCAAUAGUUUCAUAACUGGAUUAAACUUUUGAGUCAAGUGAAGUUGUUUCCAAAUUCCAAGCGCCGGGGGGAAAUCAUAGACUGUAUAUGGGUGAAAUCCAAGAGCAGACGAUUCACGAGUAAACAGAAAGCAGCCCGAGUGCGGAGAAGGGCUGGAGCUGGAGCGCAGGAAAUCCGUGCGAGCAACAAUAUAUCUGAGUGCAAGCACACCGUUUGAGCAGAAGCAGAGCAAAUUUAAGUGCAAACAGUAUGCAAGAGCCGGGUUUUGAUGAAAAGUAAUGCUCAGUCUGAACAUAACGCUCUUGAUUUAAGACUUUGGACUUGUUUUCUGGAGGGUGGAGUUCUGACUGCUCUCUGGUUUCUGAUUUACGCCUGCAUCACCUCUUAUCCAAAAUCGGUAAAACCGUGUUGAGUGAUGGUUCGUCGGGUGGCGGUGGUCGGAGCAGGCAGUUCAGGUCUGGCCUGCAUCAAGGUCUGUGUUGAUGAGGGCCUGGAACCUGUCUGCUUUGAAAGCAGUGAUGACAUUGGUGGCAUGUGGAGAUUUAAGGAGUCCCCUGAGCCAGAGCGAGCCAGCCUGUAUCGCUCAUUGGUGGUCAACACCUCAAAAGAGAUGAUGUGUUUCAGUGACUUUCCCAUGCCAGAUGACUAUCCAAACUACAUGCUCCACUCUCAGCUCCUGCAGUACCUCAGGCUCUAUGCUGAGCACUUUUACUUGCUCAGAUACAUCAACUUUCAGACAACGGUGAAGAGUGUUACACAAAAGCCAGAGUUUUCUCUGUCCGGUCAGUGGGAUGUAGUGACCAUAAACAGGGAUGGAGAGGAAGAAUGGCACGUCUUUGAUGCUGUUCUGGUGUGUUCAGGUCCUUACGGCCAUCCAUCGUUACCGCUUUCAAGUUUUCCAGGAUAUGAGACUUUUACUGGCAGGUGUUUUCACAGCUGGGAAUAUAAAGAUGCAGAGGCAUUGAGAGGAAAGAGGGUGGUGGUGGUCGGCAUGGGAAAUUCUGGAGGGGACAUUGCUGUGGAGAUCAGUAGAUCCUCUGAGAAGACAUUUCUCAGCACACGAGAAGGGGCCUGGGUGAUUGGCAGGAUGUCUACCAAUGGUCUGCCUCUGGACAUGAUAAAUAUAUCCAGACGCAUCAAUAUCCUACAACUGCUGGUCCCCCAGACCCUGACCAACUGGAUAAUUGAGCGAAAACUGAACCGCAAAUAUGACCACAGAUUGUAUGGUCUGAAGCCCAGACACAGAAUUUUGGACCGAAGGAUAUUGAUCAAUGAUGAUCUUCCUGGCCGAAUCCUCCAAGGGGCACUGGUCCUGAAGCCAAACCUGAAAGCGUUUGUGGAAACGGGAGUUGUGUUUGACGAUGGCACAGUGGAGGAGAACAUCGAUACUGUGGUCUUCUGUACUGGAUAUAAUGAAAGCUUUCCAUUCCUGCCUCCAGCUUUGUCUGAUGGGACAAAUGGAGAGUUGACAUUGUACAAGAGACUGUUCCCUCCUUCUCUCCAACACCCCACACUGGCCAUCAUAGGAUUUUUUCGAACAAAUGGACCAAUCAUGCCCACAGUAGAAAUGCAGGCACGGUGGGCUGUUAACGUCUUUUCAGGUUUGAGGCAUCUUCCUUCUCAGGAGAAAAUGCUGGAAGUCAUUGAGUCUGAUAGACAGAGAUCCAUGAAAAGCUACCCCUGCCCACGACAAGCUGCUCUUAAUGUGAAUUACGUCCAAUACCUGGAUUUCAUGGCAAUGGAGGUAGGAGCUCAACCAAACUUUCUUGCACUACUCCUGAGAGACCCUGUGCUCUGGGCAAAGGUCGUCUUUGGUCCAUUCACUCCCUAUCAGUUUCGUCUCGCUGGACCUGGACAAUGGGCCGGAGCCCGACACGCUAUCCUCACUCAGUGGAAGCGGGUUGCUCAGCCUUUCAAAACCCGAGUGAUACCAGAACCAGAGCCUGGGUCGUCUGUCUUUUCCCUCCCUCGGCUGCUCACUUUGGGAGGAAGUGUGAUAAUGGCUGUACUUUUGUCUAAAAAUCUUCCAGUGCUGCAGGGUGCAACUGAGAUUCUGGAGAGGAGAUAGAUUUUCUUUGAGGGACACCUGGUUGACUGGUUAAACCACAAGAACAUGACGACUAGAGGCUUCUCUGUGCACAGACAAGUAGCUAUCUGCUGGAUUCAUGUACCUUUUGGAAGUAAUUCAUCAACUUUUUUGUGUUCAUUUGCUUUUAAUUCAGAUUGUUGAAAUGACAAUGUUUCACUGUGAAGCUGUGGAUCAUUUAAUUACUAUAAAUUUACUGCUAAUUCCAUGACCAAAUUUUAGGAUACCUUAUAUGUGGACUCACUUUCAGCCCCCAUAAACCCUGCAGGGAAACAGGUUAUAAGGACAUGAGAAGAAUUUGUGCCACAACACACUGGUGUUUUGUCCUGUUGCUUUUUCUACCCUACAUACCAGACUGGAGGUGUGCACCUUUCUCACACAACCUCCAUGAGACAAAACACAACCAGACAUGCUCCUGCAGGUAAAACUAUACCUGCCACUCUCAGUAUAAUAUGUGCAACUCUCCUUUUUUUAUGUGGCGCUGCUUUUCACAAAUGCUCAAGGUAUUACUUACUCCUCACCUUGAAUACCCUCAAGAUCAAGUUCUACCUGUUUAUGUUCCAGAUGGCACAACAAGCCUUGCUUUUCUCCCCCUGCUGUUUUACUGUACUGUCUGAUUCAUUGUUUCUAUCCAGACCUUUACUGAUAAAGCAGAGUAGAAAUUUCACAUUUGUUCACUAGGAAGUCUCGAUCUGUUAUAAAUAACAGGUAAUUCUAUUGAAAAAAGAAACAUUGAUUGGUCAAGUGGUUGGUUGGUGGGCUGGUUAAUUGGUUGGAUGGUUGGUUGUUAAUUCCAAGUGAUUGCUAUUAUGAAACCCAGAGAGACAUUUAAUUACAACAGCAGAUCAACUGAACACCAAAAGUUGGAAAAAUAUAUAUAUUUACAGA